AUGGCGGCGGGCGACUCCAGCCGGCUCCAAGAGGCCCAGAAGCUGGCCAAGACGGAUCCCAGAAAGGCAGAGGCCGUCUACAAAGACAUCACGUCUCACGCCCCGCAGGCCACCUCCGACGCCGCCACCCGAGAAUAUGAGUCGGCCUUGAUAAGCCUCGGCGAGCUCUACAGGGACGAGAGGAAGACACAAGAGCUGGUCAAUCUGGUGCGCGAGAGCCGCACCGUGUUCUCGUCGUUUGCAAAGGCAAAAUCGUCCAAGCUCGUUCGACAACUACUCGACCUCUUCAAGGACAUACCCAACAGCACCGACAUCGAGGCCUUCAUCACAAAGGACUGCAUAGAAUGGGCCACGGCCGAGCGUCGCGCUUUCCAGCGCCAGGACCUCCAGGUCCGCCUCGUCGCCCUCUACAUGACCAAGCAAUCCUACUACGAUGCCCUCACCCUCAUCAACGGCCUCCUCCGCGAGCUCAAGCGUCUCGACGACAAGCUCCGUCUCGUCGAGGUCCAGCUGCUCGAGUCGCGUGUCUACCACGCCCUCGGCAACAUCCCCAAGGCCCGCGCCGCCCUGACGACGGCCCGGACAAGCGCCGCCAGCGUCUACACCCCGCCCAUGCUGCAGGCGAACCUCGACAUGCAGAGCGGCAUGCUCCACGCCGAGGACAAGGACUUCAACACAGCCUUUUCUUACUUUAUCGAGGCCUUGGAUGGCUACCACAGCCUCGACGAAAGCGUCAAGGCGCAGGCCGCCCUGCAGUACAUGCUGCUCUGCAAAAUCAUGCUGAACCUGGUGGACGACGUCAACCAGCUCAUGGCCUCGAAGCAGGCCGUAAAGUACGCGGGCAAGAAUCUCGAGGCCAUGAAGGCCAUAGCCCGCGCACACUCGAACCGCUCCUUGGAGGAGUAUGAGCGCGCCCUGUCGUCGUACCGCUAUGAGCUUGGCAGCGACGCCUUCAUCCGCAAUCACCUCCGACGCCUCUACGACGCCAUGCUGGAGCAGAACCUUAUCAAGGUUAUUGAGCCAUUUUCGCGCGUUGAGAUCGACCACAUUGCCAAAAUGGUUGGGCUUGACACUCAGCAGGUGGAGCGCAAGCUUUCCCAGAUGAUCCUCGACAAGGUCAUCAUCGGUGUUUUGGACCAGGGCGCCGGCUGCCUCAUCAUUUUUGACGAGACGCAGCGAGACGAGUCGUACGACGCCGCCCUGGCAACGAUUGACAAGCUGAGCAACGUGGUGGAUGUCCUCUACACGAACCAGGCCUCUCUGCUGGAAUAG